AUGUCCCUCUCGCGCGUCGCCCUUGUCGCCCUUGCUGCCGCGCUCCUUUGGGCCACGGUUCGGGGCGAUCCCUGCACUGAGUCCUCGCGCUCGCGGCUCGCGAAGCUGAUGAACGUCACGGGCAGCCGAAAUUCGAGCAGCCCUUGUGCCAAGGGGCGCCGCCCAGUUCACCAGGUUCGGAUGUACCGCCACUGUGUGCGAUCCACGAGCACCAAGGUGACGGGGGCCAACCCGGAUUUCACUCACCUCCAGAACUACACGGACUUGCCGAUGCCUGAUUGGAACACCCCGCUAAGGUGGUGCACCGCACAGGGCGCCGUGCUCAUAGAGAGGGAGGGGCAAAAGCUGAAGCUGCAAGAGCCGAAGAUGGAAGUGUCGAAGCUCAGGGUUCUCGUGGACACCGUCCAGCGCGAUGCCACGACGGCAAACUCCCUACUUCAGGGUCUGGCUGGCAAGGGCGAGGUCUACACGGCAAGUGUGGCGUACUAUCCGCUGCUCUUCAAUGCCGUUUCCCCCAACACUGGUGCGGGAGUUUGCCCUGGUCCUGAUGCGGAGCUUGUCACGGCGCAGAGGCAGCAACGUCUGGACACGACCCCAAUGCCCAUGGGCAUCGGUUUUGCCCACGGCAUGAAUCAGACGCGGUAUGGGGAAGUGCUGGACCUUUUCGAGAGUCUCUUCGGCAUUGGUUCUGCAGGCUCACUGAAGAAUUUGACCAACCCACCGAUCAUUGACAACAAGACAGGCGAGCUGAUGGGGGCGGCUAUCGUGCUGAAGUUCUUGGCCACGAACCUGUUGUUUGCCUAUGCAUCCGGCAUUCCACACCCGACUCACACACCAACGAGCCAGGAGCAGAUAAUCGAGCUUGCUUCCUGGAUCGACUGGCAGCGCAGGGUGACGGCAGUGCCUGCUUUUCUCACCCCGCAGAAAGCUUGUGGUGCUCUCUCCAUCAUUGCAGCGCUGCUGGAUAAGUCCAGGCACAGAGACGUCAUCCAUGUGGGGCAUGACACUGACCUUGACGCCUUGGCACAGUUCUUCCAGAUUACGUGGCAGGCGCCUCCGUACCCGGCAUCGACGACCACGCCGCCGGGUUCAUCACUUGCGUUUACCCCCCAAGGUGACAACACAGCUUCGGUACAUUUCACCUACCAAGUCUUUGACUCGACGGACGACCCUGAGGUGAAGGUCGUCCCCACCGUUCCUUCCCAAGUGGACUUGCUUGAAGUCCAAGCGUUCAUCGAGAAGCAGAUUAUGGAGUUUGCAGGUGGGGACUGCCUCCAUAGAUGCCAGCAGGGCAUGUACAGCAAGCUCCGGCUGAAGCGCUUUGUGGCAGAGUUUCGGAUGUACAGAGCACGAAGCACGAAGCACCGCGGAAGGAGAAAGCGGCCAUGGGAAUUCCACCGACGCCUCCGGACCACGAUGAAUUCUGAGGCGAAGUGCCAGGUUUCUACACCAUCGCCCGGAUACCUGUGGGAUGGUGCGCUGCAGCGGACGCUCCUGAAUCGCACGAUCCUGAAUCGCCUGGCCAACUUGACCGUUCAGAGGGAGCCUCCACUAAAGCAGGACGAGUUCUGCUUGUGCGGCUUGACCCGCGAAGUCGUCGCUCGUUACCUGGAGCAGAUGGAUGCCAGGUUGCAUAGUGCCUUGGCUGCAACAGCCCAGGCCGACAUGCACGCCGUUGCGUGCCGCUGUCUGGGGCAGCCGGCCGCUGCCUGGCUGGCUGAGAACAUGCCGGCGCAGCUCUUCUGGGGCCACCGGCAGCUGCAUGAGCACAAUUUGUGCGAGUGCGUCAAGCUGGUGUCCGUUGGCAAAUGUUGGUGCGAUGUGGUGCGGACGGUCUCUUGCGCAAGCGGCAUCAUCCUAGACUUCAGCAGCAGGAUGAGCCAGGGACCAUCGAGGCGAAGCCGGGACGCACAGCGCCUCGUGAGCACGGCCGCGAAGGUGCGCCCCUAUGGAGAGUGGAUCUCCCCCAUCACCUCGAGCCUGAUCACGGCCGGUACCGUGAAGCUGGGCGCCGUGACCUGCGGCCCCGACGGCACGGUGUAUUGGUUGGAGGGACGCCCCAAGGAGGGUGGGCGGCAGGUGGUCUGCUGCAACCGAUCGGGAAAAACCGACGUCACGCCGGCGGAGGUGAACGCAAGAACGCGGGUGCACGAGUAUGGCGGAGUUCCGUAUUGGUUUGGUCCGGAGGGGACGGACAUGAUCUAUGCGAACUUCAAGGACCAGAGGCUUUACUGGCUGAAGGGCGAUGGGGAAGAGCCACUUUGCAUCACCCCCGCGAGCGCCUACGAGGAAGAUGUUCGCUACCGCUUCGCGGACUGCGUGCUGGACUUGCAGCGAAACCGAUUGAUCUGCGUCCGGGAGGACCACACCACCAAGGACGUCAAGAACACCAUUUGUGCGGUUUCCCUGGAUGGAAGUGGCGAGAUGGUCGUCUUGGCAGAGGGCUGUGACUUCUACGCGGCGCCGCAGCUCCACCCCGAUGGGACCCAGCUGGCCUAUAUCUGCUGGAACCACCCCUCCAUGCCUUGGGAUUCGACCGAGCUGCGGCUGGCGAGUGUCGACGCCGGUGGAGCGCUGAGCGGCGAGGAAGUCAUCUGCGGUGGCUCUGACCCUGUGUCUGUGUUGCAGCCCGCGUGGUCCCCGGGCGGCGUGCUGCACUUCAUUGCAGAUACUUCGGACUGGUGGAACCUCUACACCUACGGCCCUGAGGGCGUUGUGCCGUUACUGGCCAAGGAUGCCGAGUUUGCGGGGGCCGCACCCGGCUGGCAGCUGGGCCAGCAGAACUACUGCUUCCUUGUCGACGGCAGCUGUGUCGCUUGCUUCUCGGACAGCGACCGCGGCGCCAGCCGAUUGGUGCGCCUUUCCGAGGGCAGCGCCAAAGAGUAUGGACAGGAGGAAGGCCUCCCUCGCCAUUUCGGCGGCGUCCGUGCAAGUCCCGAUGGCAAGACUCUCUACUUCUUGGGUGGGGACCCGGCUACGCCUCCGUUUGUGUUCUCCUGGCAGCUGCCAGAAGGCAGUGCAGCCAGCGAAGUCAAGACAAUCGCGAGCUCCAUGAAGGAAGAUGCCAUAGUGGCUCCAGAGUACAUCAGCAAGCCGGAGCUCAUCGAGUUCCCUACGGGCAACGGAGAGACAGCUUACGGCUUCUACUACGCCCCAAGCAACGGCGACUUCCGAGCGCCGGAGGGAGGGCCCCCGCCCCCCCUCUUGGUGAAGGCGCACGGUGGGCCCACGGCCCAGACUUCUGUAGUUUUCAACCCUGCGAUGCAAUACUGGACCAGCCGUGGCUUUGCGGUCUUGGAUGUCGACUACAGGGGCAGCACGGGCUACGGCCGGGCCUACCGCAUGAAGCUGCAAGGCGGCUGGGGCGUGGUGGACAUCGAGGACGUGUGCGCCGGGGCCGAGUACCUGGUCCAGAAGGGCUUGGCAGAUGCCAAGCGCUUGGCCAUCGACGGCGGGUCGGCGGGCGGCUACACGGCCUUGUGCGCCCUGGCCUUCCGCGACGUCUUCACGGCGGGAUGCUCCAUGUACGGCAUAGGGGACCUCUCCGCACUGGCGGCCGACACCCACAAGUUUGAGAGUCGCUACCUGGAUGGCCUCGUGGGACCCUACCCUGAGGCGAAGGACGUCUACGAGGAUCGCGCACCAAUCCGCCACACGGAUCAGCUCUCCUGCCCCAUUCUUUUGCUCCAGGGUGCCGAGGACAAGAUCGUACCUCCCAACCAGGCCGAGCUGAUGUAUGACGCUGUCAAGACAAAGGGCCUCCCCUGUGCCCUCAAGAUCUACGAGGGUGAGCAGCAUGGCUUCCGCCGAAGCGAAAACAUCGAGAAUGCCCUGAAUUCGGAGCUCGCUUUCUACGGCAAGGUCUUCGGAUUUCAGCCUUCCGCGGGGAAGGAGCUGGAGCUGCCUGAUCUGGAAGUGGUGAACCUGCCCUAG